AUGGGUUGUGUUCAAAGGAGAGUUUCUGAAGCGAUAUUUUCCAAAAAUGUGCGUGGUAAGAAAGAGAUUGAGUUUCUGGAAUUGAAACAAGGGAACUCAAUUAUUGUUGAAUAUGUUGCUAAGUUCGAGGAACUUGUGAUAUUUUGUCCACACUACAAUGAUGCAAUUGCAGAGGUUUCAAAAUGUAUCAAGUUUGAGAAUUGGUUGUGUCCUAAGAUCAAGCAGGGCAUCAGGUAUCGAGAGAUUCGUCGAUUUCUUGAACUGGUAAACAAAUGCAUAAUAUAUGAUGAGGACAGUAGGGUUCGGUCUUCUCAUUAUAAAAGUUUGAGUGAGAAAAGGGGAAGGCGCCUGAAUUGUGAAAAGUUGUAUAGUGUUCUAGCUGACAAAGGGAAACAGAGAAUUUUAGAUGGUAGAAGGCCAAGUGCUGGGGGGGCUCUUGCUCCUAUCAAGUGCUACAGGUGUGGUGGUGCAGGACAUCAUGCUAAUGAAUGUAAAAGUGAUGAAAAGAAAUGUUUCAAAUGUGGGAAGUCAGGACAUUUGAUCGCUGAUUGCAAAACUAAUGUGCUUACUUGUUACAAUUGUGGGGAACCUGGUCACAUCAGCACCACUUUUCAGAAAUCAAAGAAAUCCCAGCUCGAGGGGAGGUUGAUUAGAGGUACAUGUUAUAUUCACGACAUUCCUAUGAUUGCUAUUAUUGGUACGGGUGCAACGCACUCGUUUAUUUCUGCUAAUUGUGUACGAAAAAUGGGUCUUGUUUUAUCUACUCUGAAUGAUGGACUAGUUGUUGACACUCUAGCUAACAGCGCAGUGACUACUUCUUUGUUUCUUGCUCCUAAAGAUAAACAAGAAGAUAAUUUUAUAUCUGCUAAAGAAUUGAAGGAAUUGUUGAAAUAUGAAGCUAAAGCAUUUGCAAUGUUUACCUCUCUAUCUGUGGAGAGUCAGGCGACUAUUGAAGGGUUACCAGUGGUGUGUGAAUUUCUAGAGGUGUUUCCAUAUGACAUGUUUGAAUUGUCGCCCAAGAGAGAGGUGGAGUUUACUAUUGAUCUUGUACCUGGUACUAUGGCGAUUUCUAUGGAACCAUACAGAAUGUUCGCAUUAGAGUUGAAAGAAUUGAAGAAUCAGUUUGAAGAUUAUGUACAAUCUAGUUUCAUUCUAGACCGAAUAUGA